GAAAAAAAAAAUUGUUUACAAUUUAGUAACAAUUUAAAAAUUAAAAACGAUAAUUUAAAUUCAAAAAAAAAUGGCGACAAUUUUCCUCUCAAACGCAAAAGUAUUUCUCCCUUCUCUUCCAUCCACAUCUUCAUCAUCAUCAACAACUUCAAAUCUCCAGACACAGCCGCAGCUGAUUGUGUGCAAAUCGGAGCCGUCCGCCAUUGUUAUCAGCAGGAGAACAGUUUCCCUCAGCAGCCUCACCGCCACCGCCGCUUUUCUCCUCAGCACCUUUUCCGGCUCGAAAGGAUUUUCCGGUGCGGCGGCGAAUGCGGCGAUUCUGGAGGCGGAAGACGACGAGGAGCUGCUGGAGAAGGUGAAGAGAGACCGGAAGAAGCGGCUCGAGAAACAAGGUGUUCUCAAAUCAUCCACCAAAGAAGCAGAAUUUGUGAUGGAUUUUUAUCUAAGUUCGGAUAUUGCAACAACCAUUGCAGCAUACCUGCAAGAUCUUGUUUACAAGCUCAGCAAAAUAGGCCAAGCGAUAGAAAAGAACGAUCUCUCUACCGUAAGUUUGGUUCUCGGCUCAGGCAAGGACACCGAAUGGAUCAAGAAAGUCAAUUCUGCUCUCAACAAGUUGAGUUCUAGUGAAGAAGAGAAGACAGAGGCCGACGCCUUCAGUUCCUCUUUUGCCUCUUUAUUCUCAUCGGUUUCUCAGAACAAUAUUGAAGCAUCUAAGUUAGAUUUUGUGGCAUCUGCGAGCGCAUUUGAGAAGUGGACUGUACUAUCAGGAUUGGUGGGACAGCUCAAGGGACUCUAAAGAAGAAGACGAAGACGAAGAAAAGGGUAUUAUUGUUCGACGUGUCUCGACUAUUCUAUCUAUGAGUUGUUUUUCCUUGGCAUAUAUUCUUCAGGUUUUGAUUUUUAUUCGCCCCUUUAUCGAAAUCAAAUGAAAGAUUCUUCUGUUCUUGGUUUCUUGAGUUGUAACUUGUAACUAAAUAUUCCACGAAAUUACAUCUAAAUGAUUUUUGUUUCCUAAUGAGAAUUUGAGGAAUUCGAACA